UCCGCCCAAGGCCCGGUUUUCCGCCGAGCCGAACCGGCGCUGCUCAGCUGGGAUCCUGCCCACCAAGACUAUGGACCUGUCCUGGGCCACGCAGGAGAGUGAGGUCGUGGCGGGGAAGGUGCUCCGGUACCGGCAGGACUCGUCCGGCUGGAAGAAGUGCCGGGAAGGCAAUGGAGUUUCAAUUUCUUGGAGGCCAUCUGAGGAGUUUGCAGGGAAUCUGUACCGAGGAGAAGGGAUUUUGUGUGGGACACCAGAAGAGGUGUGGGAUUGUAUAAAGCCAGUUGCUGGAGGCCUCCGGGAGAAGUGGGAUGACAAUGUGACCAGUUUUGAAAUUGUCCAAAGCAUCACUGACACACUCUGUGUGAGCAGAACCGCCACACCCUCGGCUGCCAUGAAGCUCAUUUCUCCCAGGGACUUUGUGGACUUGGUACUGGUGAAAAAAUAUGAGGACGGCACCAUCAGUUCCAAUGCUACCCAUGUGGAGCAUCCAUUGUGUCCCCCACAGCCAGGUUUUGUGAGAGGAUUUAACCAUCCAUGCGGGUGCUUCUGUGAACCACUGCCAGGGGAGCCCAACAAAACCAACCUGGUCACAUUCUUCCAGACAGACCUGAGUGGCUACCUCCCUCAGAGUGUGGUGGACUCCUUCUUCCCUCGAAGCAUGGCUCAGUUCUACCCCAACCUUCAGAAGGCGGUGAGGAAGUUCCACCACUGACCGUUGCCUUUCGGCAAGGAACACCCACGAUCCCUCAGGAGCUCCAGCUAUUGAGCGUCAAGAACAUGGAACAGCUGCUGUGGCCUUUUGAGCUGCCCUAGUGAACAGCGAGUCUCAGGGUGCUAUUCCAGAAGGGCAGCCCAUCCCCCCUACCCCACCACUCCUUCCUCUUGGGUUUGGUGUGGAAGGCAGGGUCUAUCGGCUUGACAUGGUGCACGCUCACACACCUGGCAGGGCAGGUCCUGCUAUGGCCACCUGACAAAGCAUGGCUCAGGCACCCUUUGAUUCCUUGUGGUCCAGGGCCGGUUGCUAUCAAAUACCGUGUCUCAGUGCUGGUCUUAAAGGGUCAUCAUCCAUUCUGGUCACAAAGUCCUGCAUCUGGAGCUCCCAGAUCCCUGUGUUCAUUUUCUGAUAUGCUUUUAUAUACAAAUUUUUAGCACAAGACUCCCCCCCUUUUACCCCCUUUCAAAGAAGUGAUAUUUUAAACCACAGGAUAAGCCUUAAGGAAAAACCCUUUCAAUCUAACUUCUGUCGUAUCUUCCGUCAGAAUCAUCUUUUCCUGUCUGUUUUUCCCUUCAUGAGUUAAUGUUAAUGUCCCCAUGGAACCAAUUUGUUUCUGCCCCAGGCCAAAUUGUAUCUUUGGGAGCAAGUGGGAGUUUGUGUGGCCUGUGGUUGUGGUUCUGGGUGGGGCCAGCUGCUCCUAGGUGCGUGCUGGACUCCGGGGAGAAGACCCCCCCUGCCAUGUACUUCACUAUGUCUUGCUGAGGCAUUCCUGGCCCCAUCAGGCUAUGCAGCCGGUAGGAAGGAAGGAAAUGUCUCCUGUGCUGUGGGCCUGCACAAGCCUACAGUAACCAACAGUUGCCACAAAGCCUGCCAUUCCAGUAGGGGAAAAUGGUGUCUCCUUAGCUUAGAGUAAAUUUACAUUCUUGGUUUUUAUCAUAUGAAGAAAGGAAAGACCUCUGUCAGCUGACAUUGUCUUCAGAGACAUGGUGCUCCUCAUUGUCUAGCCCCUGUUCCCUUUAGUAGAUUUUACUAAGUCCUCUACUCUUUCUCCAUUUAUUCUUCACAUUUUUGUUGUUGUUAUUGGGCAUGGGGGCUCUAGUCAAAGGGCUUAUUUGGACACAUUUUCAUAUUGAGGAGGCUUGGCUCAGACAUUUUCUACAGUCUGUCCCGACCUGUCUAGUUUUCUUGCUGCUGCUCUGUUCCCUAGGGUUUGGACACUGACUCUUGAUCUCUUUCUGUGGUCUCUCUCUGGUUUGGUUGGAUUUUUUGAGACAGGCUCUCUCAUUGGCCUGGAACUCACCACGUAGACUAGGCUGGAUUGCCAGCGAGUUCCAGGGAUCUGCAUCUUUCUGACUCCCCAGAUCUGAGAUUACCAGUGAAUGACACCACAUCUAUUUAUUUUGUUUUCAUUUGGUUAGAUGGUUGGUUGGUUGGUUGUAUUUGGUUGGUUGUUUGUUUUUCUGGUCUCUAGGAAUUAAAUUCAGGUAGCAUUUUACUGCCAGCUAUCUCCCCAGCCCCAUACCUUUUACUGUUAGAUCAAAUUUAUCUUCUAUUAAAUCUGAAAGAUUGAUAUAAA